GAGCACAUCAGACAACAGUUCUAGUUCAUCAAGGUAGGGCGUUUUACCGUUUGAGAAUAUCGGACAUUUUUUUCACUUAUUAUUUUCUUAAACAAAAUAGAUAAUAAAUAGAUGGAUGAUAUAUGUGAAUUCAACAAAUAAUCCUUGUUGUUGAGAGGUGUUGAAACUGAGUCGGUAUUGGAAAUCAAAUGUAAGGAAAUUGAAAACGCUGUGCUUUUGGAAUUCUUGUCUGAUUACAAUUAAAGGAGUGAAUUCUCAAAAAUGGCUGAUGAGUAUUCCUGCAUGCCCUCCAACUCUGAAAUAAACAUCCCCAGUGCCACGAUAGAAUAUGAAGUUGUGGACAGCGACAGGGCUCAAUCGUCACCAUCGAGUUCAUGUGCGUAUGAAACCAUCCAACCCGAGAAACUCCGAAUACAGAUUCAACAUGCAGAAAAAAGGGAAGGAGAUCCCUCAUCACCAUUAUCCGAAUUCUCAACGUAUCACAAUCCCUAUACCGACGAGGAUAUUCACACACCCGGCAUCAUCUCAAAGUUGUCGGGUACCGGAUCUCUCAGAGCGAAGCAUGCGCACACGAGGCAGUUAAACAUCUUCAUUGGUGAGGAACUGGAGGAUAAUUUUCAACGUCCGGAGUUUCCGUCAGAGAGAAGGGCUUAUAGUUGCCCGCCUACUCCUAGGGCUGCGAAAAGAGCCGCCCAUCCUUUAGUUAGGGAAUCUCUUGAGCCCACACAGAUGGGAGCCGAAGGGUCUCGAUACGAAGACGAGCCCAUGCAUUUUUUCAUCUACAAUCUUCCCGAAGAGGAGCCUUCGACCUACAACGAAUAUUUGGUGAAAUCAAAUCCAUACAAUAAAAUUAAUCAUAUGAUCCACAGUGCCCUCCACUGCCCUUGCUUCUUUUUCUUCUUCCUGCUCUGUUGCAUGCCGGGAGUUCAUUGGAUGCAGGUUGGUGACGAUGCUUACAAAAAUGGCGACGUUGAUGAAGCCAAAUCUCUGGGAAGAAAAGCCACUGUGUCCUAUUUCAUUGGAGCUGUGCUUGGGGUGCUGGUUUUAACGGGAGUAAUAAUGAUUUCUGUGUAUUUUGUGCAAGACCAACUUGUUCAGUGAGUUAUUAUAAUUAAACAUUAUAACCUUAAAGUUUUAUAAAAUCUCAAAACGCCAAGACUCUAAGACUUCCUCUUUGGUCAGGAUUGGGCCCUAAGACAUACUAGCUGACCUUCAAAAGGAAUUUGGUUUAUACGACCAUUAAAAUAUAUAGCUAGCCUGGUGAAAUUACUAAUAGCAUAUACUGAAUACGGGAAUAAGAGGGCUUCUAUUAAAGGAAUCAGAAGAAUCCCAGAUUUAAUCAUUAAUCCUUAGUCCGAAUGGGGUCCAGGGACAGAUCAGUAGAGCCUCAAAAGGUUUACACGACCAUGGACAUGUUUCAAUUUCAAGGCUGGCUUACACCUAGGAUUCAAUACUUUAACCUUUAUUUUUGGUCAGAGUGGGGCCACGGGAAAAGCAGGUAGACGUAAAUCAUAGAAUAACCCCCCCCCCCCCUUCCCCACCCCACCCAAACGGACACAAAUACUCACACAAUAAAAGUCUUAUUUACAGUGAAUAUAAAUAUUUUAUUGUGUCGUUGUAUUAACUUUGUUAUGGAGCUAUACGAAAAAUAAAGUUCCUUUAUGGAACAAAAAAGGUUUGAAAAUGGACCAGAAUAAAAAAUAUUAACCAUA